UGAGCCGGGUCCUCCUAAAACUAAUUGCAGUUUCUUUCUCUCUCCCCCUCUGAGUGACAGCGAGGAUUUCGCUGCGCCCGGAGCGACGUCACACCAAGGUGGAAGAAGACGUGCGCAUUUUUCCUCCCUUUAUCAUCCAAAGAAAACACGCCGACAGUCUGUGGCGCACAGACGCCUCUACCUGCAGCCGGUGCGCACCGAAAACUCGGGGCGCGCAGAGAACGAGCGACAUCCAGCAGCACCAAAAAGACCAACAUUUCUUUUCUGUGUGGAAAACAGCAGGUCUUUUCUUCUUCGUCGUUAAUACCAUUUCAUCGUUCUAAACAAUAAAAAAAGAGUAGACACUCCGAAUGACCUCACAGCCACUGCUGUUUCGUGCGCUGUUUCUCGCCCACAGAGGACUUUACUGCUCUGUCACUUCUCUUUCCUCCUUCAGACCGUGGUGAAAACAUGUGAUGUGCUGCGACAGAUAGAGCAGAGCGACAAUGAAGAGGUUAACCACACCUUUGAAAGCGGACGUCUCUUCAGUAGCCUCCUGACCAACUUUGCUGCGCAUUAAGAUGCGCCCGACGGAAGAGGAGCUGGAUGAUGGACUCUCUUUGCGCUCUCGUUGACAGACAGUUUCCAGUGAGAUUCCUCUGAGUCGUACCGUCAGAAAACAGGGACCUCCUAUGUAUUUCAGAAAUAAUCCAACUCGGUGUUGGCUGGGCUGAGUCAGUUUAAACUUUGCUGGGGAAUCUCCUUGAGGAUUUGCUGCGUUCAACAUGACGGUUCGUCUGUCACGGAUCCAACUGGCCUUGUUCUUUAUCUUGCUCUGUCCGGUCAAUAUCAUCGGACUCUGGUGGGCGGUGGGCAGUCCGCUGGUGAUGGACCCCAACAGUAUCUGCAGGAAGGCGAAGCGUCUGGCAGGGAAGCAGGCUGAGCUGUGCCAGACACAGCCGGAGAUUGUCAGUGAGGUGGCCAAAGGAGCCAGGCUGGGCGUCAGGGAGUGCCAGUACCAGUUCAGGUACCGCAGGUGGAACUGCACCAGCCACAACAAGUACUUCGGCAAAAUACUGCAGCAAGAUAUCCGGGAGACAGCAUUUGUUUAUGCCAUCACGGCAGCUGGGGUGACCCACGCUGUGACCCAGGCCUGCAGUAUGGGAGACCUCCUGCAGUGUGGCUGCGAGGCCACCAGGAACAAAGCACCUCCAAGGCCGCCUUCAUCCUCCUCACCUGGGGAUGGAGUCAAGUGGGAGUGGGGGGGCUGCGGAGAUGAUGUGGAGUUUGGUUAUGAAAAGUCAAAACAGUUUAUGGAUGCGAAGAGAAGAAGAGGCAAGAGCGACAUCAGGACGCUCAUUGACCUGCACAACAACGAGGCUGGGCGGCUGGCGGUGAAGCUCUACAUGCGGACAGAGUGCAAAUGCCACGGACUGUCAGGCUCGUGCACCUUGCGCACGUGCUGGAAAAAGAUGCCUCAUUUCCGUGAGGUAGGCGACCGUCUGCUGGAACGCUUCAACGGCGCUUCCAAGGUGAUGGGCGGCAACGAUGGUAAGACCCUGAUCCCUGUUGGCCAAAAUAUAAAGCCACCAGAUAAGCAGGAUCUGAUCUACUCAGAUGAGUCGCCCGAUUUCUGCCUUGCAAAUCGGAAAACAGGUUCGCUGGGGACACGGGGCCGCAUGUGCAACAGCACAGCCAUGGACAUCAGCGGCUGUGAUCUGCUGUGCUGCGAACGUGGCUACCGGGAGGAAACAGUGGUGCUUGAGGAGAACUGUUUGUGUCGUUUCCACUGGUGUUGUGUGGUCCAGUGCAAGAAGUGCCUGGUCCGAAAAGAGCUUAGUCUCUGUCACUGAUGCAAUGAGGUUGAGUGUAGUCAGUGUGACAUGGUCAAUUAUAAUUACUUCUGUUACUUUUUGAGGUGUUUGCUUUAGUUUGGCUAGUGUGAAAGAAGGAAAGGGUUUGGACUUUCUUGGUAAUCCUUUCAAUCCCGUUUUUUUUCCACCAGUUAUUUCAUUUCAAAUAGUAUUUGACUUCCGGAGUGACAGGAGUUGCUGGAAGGCGCAGAAAAGCAAAUACAGCCACAUGGAAACAAUGGAGAGAGGGACUAAAAGAAGUAAAAUAAAGAAAUGUUUCUUUUCUGAACUACCUUAUUUUCAUUUCUUGUUUAUGAAAAAGGACCAAAGAAUGUGACAAUUUGUGUUUUCCUUCUAAUUGAAAGAGGAGGACCUGUGCGUUGAGGACCUAGACAUGACCAGCUAUCACAGUUUGUCAGUGUCUCCCCCCACUACUACCAGGUCCACAACAGAGCCUCGUGUGGAUCUAAAACCAAAGAUUCUUUAAUUGUAUAAGCUCGCCACAGUGAAAAUGAUCAAACCUUUUAGGUCUCUGAAGAUUUCCCCCGAGACUGCUUUCUACGUGUAGUAUGCUGAUAUGUCCUCCAAACUGUUGACAUUAUAUAAACAGUCCCUCAGUAACAGUACCUGUAACUAACUGUAGCCUAACCUUGUCAUGUAACAGACACACCAAACACAAAAAAGAUGCUGGUCGUGACUUUAUUUUUCUGCUACUGCAUCAGAAAAGGGAAAUGGUACCACAUUAUCAUAUUUGAAGAAUGCUGUCAACACCGUGUUUCACAGGUGUGGACUUGGCCUGCCAGCAAAGACUGUUAUUUAUAUAAAGAUAUGAUGACAAGACUACUCACUUCCAUCUCUCUCAGAAGCACUUUGGAUGCGACGGCUGCCAUGGACUUCCUCAAUAGUUUGGCAAUCAAACCUUUUGGGGUUGGCUGUUUCUUGUAAACCAAAAGAGAAACCUUUAUUUACAUUGUGUGGUAUCAAGAAAAUGUAUAUGAUGUAUUUUGUUUAUCUGUUAUGAUAUACAGGGCUAAUGUAAUAAUGCACUUUGGAUGUUAGCUUUCAUUUAAUACUGUUUGUGCGUGUGUGCGUGCGUGUGUGUGUCCGUGUGUGAGAAAGAAAGUAUGUGUGACUUUGAGUUUGUGCAAGUUGGCCAGUUAUCACCGUAUCCUUCAGCGGACAGGACCUUUUAUAUAUCUUUAAGUUGCUGUCUGAUGUUAAACUGCGUUAUGUUGGUUAUUAAAAGCACACGGCUCUUUGA